AAACAUCCAGAAGGUCAGAAACAGGAAUGACCAACAUUCAUGGUUAUGUGUUUUCUUAUGAAACAGAAUAUUUUUUAUCACAGGAAUAAUUGGAGUGUUAAGUGUUAAAUUUAGAACAUUAUAAUAUUUUUUAAUGGAAUCAUGAGCAUCUAACCUACAUGUUCAAAUCAUAAGACCCACAUCUUUAGGUCAAACCUUUGAUUGUGUUAAGGCCAACGGUGACUAGUCCAAACAUAGGGUUAAUUCAGCUUGGCACUGCUAGAGCAUGCACUGGGACGUUCAUCUGUACCGCCCCACAUUGUGUCCAGCCCUUUCAUAGCCUAUACAGUAAACAAACCUGGCCUGCGGUGGAUGCACCUGGGAUUCUGUUUUCUCAGCUGCCAGAAGACCAUGAAGCAAAGCUGAAAGAGCUGGAGAGCAAGAUGACUGAGACUGAAAAGUUGAAGCAGCAGCUACAAGUCCAGCAGGUGGCGUUCUCUGCCUCUAUAAAGAGUGGAGAAUCUCAAACUAUUGGACCCUUUGACUCACACACUAUUCUGAUCUACAACAAUGUGUUCACAAACGUUGGAAAUGCCUACAGCCCACACACCGGUAUUUUUGCUGCACCAGUGAGAGGAGCCUACCACUUUGAGUUUCACGUAGCUGGACCUGGAGAUGCGUCACAUGGUUUAUGUACUGUGUUAGUAAGGAAUGGGAUGCAUGUAGUUACAGCAUGGGAUCAAAAAGAGUCUACUUUUGGAAGUUCUUCUAAUGGCGUGACGUUGAUUCUAGAGGCUGGAGAUCAGGUCUUUAUGCGUCUGUGGUCACAGUAUAAAAUAUAUGACGAUCAGCAUCACUACUCCACUUUCAGUGGUCAUAUGCUUUUUGCCAUGUAAAAGGGAACUGGUUCCUCGUUUUUUGGUUUUAAAACACAGCUAAAGAGUUUUUAAAUAAAUUGAAUUAAAUAAUGAAUUAAACUUUAAAUUCAAUUUCAUUUAUAUUGUACUAAAUCCCAACAAUAGUUGCCAGAAGGUGCUUGCAGCAUAACUAAGGGAGGAUUCAGGGUCACCUG